AUGGAUUUAGAAAAUUACCACGAAUCAACUGUAAUUCUAAAAUUGGAGUUAAUCAACUUUAUGUGCCAUGAUCAUAUUGUAAUAGAUUUUAAAAAACCAUUUACUUGCAUAGGAGGUAGAAAUGGGAGUGGUAAAAGUGCUAUUAUGAUAUCUCUGGGAAUUUUAUUUGGUCAAAGAUCAAGUAAUUUAGAAAGAGGAAAUUCUUUUAGAAAUCUUAUAAAAACUGGACAACAAUUUUGUGUUAUUAAGUGUGUCUUAAAUAAUACAAAAAAAUACUGUUAUGACUUUUUUGGAGAUUUUAUUAUUUUAGAAAAAAGAUUAACGCAUAAAAGCAGUUCAUUUUCAAUAACAAAUAAGCAAAAAAGACUUCAUUCAAACAAAAUGGAAGAUCUUGAAUACAUUUUAGAUUUUUUCAAUAUAAAAUUAGAAAAUCCACUGAACUUUUUAACACAAGAACAAUCUAAAAAAUUUUUAAAUACUGCUGACUCUUCUAAUUUGUAUAAAUUAUUUUUAAAAGGGACAGAAAUUGCUGAUAUUAGACUUAUUAAUGAAAAAUAUGAGAAGAAUAUUCAAGAAUUGAAAAACAAAAUUGAUAACAUUGAAUUCGUUGUAAAAGAAAUAAAUCAACAAUUAGAGAAAGAAUACAAACGCAUGGAAAUUUUAGAAAAUGUUAAUAAUUUAACAGAUACGAUUAAAAAAGAUGAAAACGAACUAAGAUGGGCAGAUGUAUAUGCUAUUAAAAACCAGAUGAAUAUUUUAGAGAAAGAAUUUUCUGAUAUACAAUUAAAUAUUGAUAUGGAACAAAAUGUUCAUACACAAUUUAUGGAGGAAGUCGAAGAUCUUAAAUCGCAAAAAGAUUCAAUUUUUGAGUUGACACAGACAAUGAAGUCUGAAAAUAAAGCUAAACAACAAGCUAUUGAAGAAGCAAUUCUAUCAACCAAUAAGAAAAUCCGAAAUAUGGAAAAUGAAUUUAAAGAUUUAAAAGAGUCUUUUAAUAUAAAGAAAGACUUAAUAAGCCGACUUGAAAAAUCUAAUACUUUAGUCGACGAAAGGGAAUCUUUGCGGGUGAAGAAGGCAGAUAUUGAAGACAAGAUAUUAAGUGAACGAAUACAACAAGAAAACUGCUUACAAAUACUUAAUAAGGAAAAAAAUAUUAAAGAAGAGCAAGAUAGAGUUUUUGAUGAAUACAAAAAAAAGGUAUAUGCUUUACAAAAACAAAUAGAAUUUUGUAAAAAAAAUGUUGGAAACGAUCUAAUACAUCCAGAAAUUAAACAAAUUUUACAAACCAUUAAGAAUACGAAAUUUACGGAAGAAGUUAUUGGUCCAAUUGGAGAUUAUAUCAAAUUAAAAGAUCAAAAGUGGUGGAAAGUAGCCAGUUUGGUGUUACAAAAAUUUGUAACAAGCUUCAUAUGUUUUAAUAGGGAGGAUCGAGAAAAGUUGUCUCAUAUUUUUAAAACUUUUAAUGUUCAAUUUUCGAUUUUAAUUCCAUCCAAUAAAUCUUGCAAUCUUAUAAAAUACGAAAAAAAUCCAAAUUUUAAAGUUUUGCUAGAUGUGAUAGAAUGCGAAAACAAUAUUGUAAUGAACCAACUUAUCAUUAUGGCUAAUAUUGAAGAAAAAGCUCUUAUCGAGGAUAGAAAUGAAGCAUACAGAGUUAUUAGAAAAGAUCCAAAGAAUAUAGAUUGUAUUUAUACACUCAAUGGUGACAUUAUUAAAAAAAUUGGUGGAUCUAUUUCUGAUUUCGCUCCUCGCAAAAUAGAAAAGUAUUUUUUUGAAAAACAACGAGAUAAGCAUGAAAAUUAUCAAGCAGAGUUAAAUAGGCUUAUGAAAAAUAAACCAAGUGUCAAGCCUUCUAUUGAAUAUGAGAAAAUUUCUAAAGAUUAUGAAGUAAGUUUGCAAACAAUUAAUAAAUAUGAACGCAAUUUGGCCGAAAUUAUAAGACAAAUAGAAAAUGCAGAAGAUUUGUUUAAAGCACAAAAUGAAGUGAUGAAUAAUGAAGAAAUUGCUGAAUCUUAUCGUUUUUUGGAAAAUCAGAUGAAUUUGUUAAAUAAUAAGAUUGCUAAAAUGAAAGAAAAAUUAAAGGUUUUAGAGAAUGACAAAAAUAACAUAACAAAUACUCAGUAUCCUUCUACUUCUGAAAUUGAACUGAAAAUACAAAAAUUCAAAGUUAAAAUUAACAUUGCUAAUGAUUCAUUACAAAAGUUUAUACAAAAAAAGCGACUGCUUAAUGUUAAAUUAGCAGAAAAAAAUUGUGAAUUUGAAAUUGCAAGAGCCAACUUAUUGAAAGAAAUUGAUGAAAUUUUAGACCCAAGACCUAAAGAUGAAAUUUAUGAUGAAAUUUCUCGAAUAAAGAUUGAAAUUGAAGAAACUAAAAAGAUCGGAAAUAAAGAAGAAACUCAGGAAAAAAUAAAUAGUAUUUUAGAAAAGAAACAAAUGAAUGAAAAUAUUCUUAAUUUAAACAAGCAUAAAAUUAAUGAUGUUUGUGAAUCUUUUAUGCAAAGAAUAACAAAAAGAGAAGAAAUAAAAGAAUUUAUAGGGCACAAUGCGUCGAAAAGAUUUGAGGAACUAACUUUACAACGAGGCUAUAAAGGGGAGCUUAUCUUUGAUCAUGAAAAUGAAGAAUUACACAUUAAAUUGGAGGUUCAUAAUUUUGGUAUUGCUGGUUCAAAAGAAACAUUAUCCGGCGGGGAACGUUCUUUUGCUGCUAUGUCUUUAUUGUUUUCUUUAUGGCCUUAUAUUUCUUGCCCAGUUAUAAUUCUUGACGAAUUUGAUGUUUUUAUGGAUGACUUAAAUAGAAAAUACAUUAUAAAUAAAUUUGUAGAAUAUUUUAGGAAAUCACAAAACCAGGUUAUUUUAAUUACGCCAUUGAAUACUAAAGAUCUUGAAGAUAAAAAUGUGGAUAUUCUCAUUCUUAAUCCUCCUAGAGAUUAA